AUGGAGAUUGAUUUUAAUGAGGGUGUCGAGCUGGUUGUGAAUCUGAGGUAUGAACAUUUGUUUGGGUUCUGUCAUGAAUGUUGUCGUAUGACACAUGAUCAUUCCAGAUGCCCGAAUUUAGCUUUGCCUGUGGAAGAAGGGGCUGGAAAAGAGUCUGGACCUGAUCAGAGAGACAGGGGCUCACUAGUAACAAGCUACAAAGCAGUGGUGGCAAAUGGGGAAGACUAUGGCCCAAUCCAGAGAGAGGGUUAUCAAGGUAAUGCCCGGGGAACAAAGGAAUCCUAUAAAGGCAAAGGUAUUGCGAAGGACAAGUCAGGGUCUUUCAGACAAGAUGGAGCCUACCGUGCAUACAAAGAAAGGUUUCCACAAAGCUAUGGAGAAGGAUCCUCGCGUGGUCGACGGUUUGGUAAUGGAGCUAUGGCAGAGGAAAAUGGCCGUGUGGCUAUAAAUCCUAGAGGUCUUGAGAAUGUUCGAAAUGGAGAGGAGGGACAAAUUCUAAACCACCCUCAGAAGCUUUUGAUGGAUGCUUUUGAAGGAACAAACCAGGCCCCAAAAGAGAUGCAGGAGAGUCUUGAGAUGCCUUUGGUUGAGAUUAAGGAGAGCUUGGGGACGGGUAGAAAGGAAGAACUGAUGGAUCAUGACGCUCCUUCUGCACUGGAUGAGGCUAACUUAAUGCUUUUGGAUGAGGAAUGGGAGGAAGGAGAGGUAUCGGCUUUCUUGGAGGAUAUGGAAAAUGUAGGUACUGAUGGAACUCUUGAGGAGACUACCGAGUCCACAACUGCUACGGAGGUUGCUGGUACAGACGAGACAUGUACAAAAGUUUCAAAAAGGAAAGGUUUGAAGGCUGGAGCUUUUGUUGGAGACACAAAAAGGCUUAUUGUCCAGAGCAUUCUCUCACCAAGGAAGAAUAAGAUCUCCAAGGUUCCUGCCAAGCCAAUUGAUAAAGGGAAUGGGGAUGGUAAGAAGGGUCCAAAUAAACCCAAGGAUGGGGGCGCUUAA